UCCAUUUUGUCUAGACUAGGAAUCAAUCCUUCCAAAGCUUUCAUCCUUCGCGAAUUAGUAAGAAUGGAGCAAAGCCAACAGCAUUUCCUUGUAGUGACCUACCCGGCCCAAGGCCAUAUCAACCCGUCUCUCCACCUGGCCAAGCGCCUCGCCCAAACCACCGGCCGUCGCGUCACCUUCUCCACCGCCAUCUCCGCUCACCGCCGCAUGUUUCCGUCGUUGGCCAAACCCGACGAGGAAGUAGAAGAUGGCCUCCUCUCCUACAUCCCCUUCUCCGACGGCUACGACACUGGCUUCAAACUCGACAACGAGAGCGACCUCGAUGACUUCAUGUCCCAAUUCAAACUUGUCGGGGCCAGAACUCUUUCUGGCAUUGUCCACGACCUCGCUGCACGUGACCGCCCCGUAUCUUGCAUAAUCUACACCGUCAUGCUGUCAUGGGCCGCCGAUGUGGCACGUGAUCAUGGUAUCCCCUCUGUCCUCUACUGGAUUCUGCCAGCCACUAUCUUCACCACCUGCUACCACUACUUCCAUGGCUAUGAGGAGCUGAUAACCUCCCACGUUCACGACCCAUUGUUCACGUUUGACCUACCCGGGCUGCCACCGCUCCAAAAUCGUGACCUCCCGUCCUUCUUAACCAUCACCAGUUCCGACGAUCCCUAUCGUCCUAUCCUCGUCGGGGUAAGAGAGACAUUUGAUACAUUGGACCGGGAGGAGAAGAGCUCAAAGCCAAGAGUUUUAUUGAACACCUUCGACGCACUAGAGGCUGAUGCGAUCAAGAACGUCGGCAACAUGGACCUCAUCACGAUAGGGCCAAUGCUGCCGUCCCUUUCUUCAGAUGGCCAGCAUUCAAAAGACGCCGCCUCCGGCGGCGAUCUCUUUGAAGCCGAUGAGAAGGGAUACAUGGAGUGGCUGGACUCGAAGCCGGAGAAAUCGGUGGUGUACGUAUCAUUUGGGAGCAUGUCGGUGAUAAAGAAGCGGCAAUUGGAGGAAAUCUUGUGGGGAUUAAAGGAGAGCGGGAGGCCUUAUCUUUGGGUGGUGCGGAAGGACAACAGAGGGGAAGGCGUGGAGCUGGAGGAUGGAGAGAAUGGGAUGGUGGUGGAGUGGUGCUCCCAGGUCAAAGUGCUGUCCCACCCGUCGGUGGGGUGCUUCGUGACCCACUGCGGGUGGAACUCCACAUUGGAGAGCUUGAUAUGCGGGGUUCCAACGAUUGGCGUGCCGCAAUGGGCAGACCAAGGGACGAACGCAAGACUGAUGGAGGCGUGGGGGACUGGGGUGAGAAGUGAGGUUACCAGAUCACAAGGACUGUUGGAGGAGAGCGAGUUGAAGAGGUGUUUGGAGGUGGUGAUGGGGGAGGGGGAGAGAGGGGUGCAAAUUCGGAGGAAGGCCGCGAUGUGGAGGGACAAAGCGCGGGAGGCCGUACGUGAAGGUGGGUCCUCCGAUAGGAAUCUGAAGACAUUCAUGGUGGAGUUCGCGAACAACUACUGAAUUAUUAUUAUUAUUAUUAUUAUUAUUAUUAUUAUUAUUAUUGUCGUCCACUGGGUUGAGUCUCCAUACAAUAAGAGUCAAAUUACGACCACAAAAUAAGUAGACUAUCAACCUCUUUUUAAGAAGUAAAGUUGAAGUGUUUAAUCCAAUUUAUAACACGUGUCAAAAAUUAUUUUGUUUUUUACUUAAUGUAAUUGUUGGUAUCCUUUCACACAAGUUGUAUCUUAUGCGACUUAUGAAUAUCCAAAUUUAUUGUAACCCGUGUCCAGCAUGCGGACACCAUCCUUUUAUUUGUGCAGAAGAUGUAAACUGCACUCAUCUUGUGCAGCAAGAUUAUUGCACAACGGAAAGUCAUGUAUCUAUCUUGUAAAUUGAAUUGUG